AUGAACUCUGAAUUUCAAAAUAUAAAAAAUGAUUUGAUUUUAAGAGCGGCAAAAGGCGAAAAGGUGGAGCGUCCACCUGUUUGGCGUCAAGCAGGCCGUUACUUACCAGAAUAUCAUGAAAUAGGGAAAAAUUUAGAUUUUUUUGCUAAAUGUCGCUCUCCAGAGAUUGCAUCUGCAAUUACUAUGCUUCCUAUUGAUAGGUAUACUGGUUUAAUUGAUGCUGCUAUUAUAUUUUGUGAUAUUCUUGUAAUUCCACAAGCGUUAGGUAUGGCUAUUGAAAUGCUUGAUAAAAAAGGUCCUCGUUUUUUGAAUCCUCUUAAAACAUCUGAAGAUAUUUCCAAACUUAAUUUUAAUAUUGAUGUAAAAAAAGAGUUAGGAUAUGUAAUGGAAGCAAUUAAGUUAACAAGAAAAAAAUUGAAUGGACGAGUUCCACUUUUUGGAUUUGCAGGAGCUCCAUGGACACUAAUGGCUUUUAUGACACGAGGUGAUUCUAAGGGAUUUGAGAACUCAAAAGCAUGGAUUUAUAAAUAUCCAGAAGAUAGUAAAAGAUUACUUGAAUAUUUAACAAAGGUUGUGAUUGAAUUUCUUGCACAACAGAUUGUGUCUGGUGCACAAAUUAUUCAAGUAUUUGAUUCAUGUGCUGGAGAGCUAUCUCCACAUGAUUUUAAAGACUUUUCUUUACCUUAUCUUAAGGAUAUUGCGAAAAAAUUACCUGAGCGCCUUAUAGAGCUUAAACAUCCAUUAGUACCAAUGAUUGUAUUUGCAAAAGGUGCUUGGUAUGCACUAGAUUGGCUGUGCGAUCUUGGAUAUCAAUGCGUUAGCAUAGAUUGGACAUUUGAUCCUGAAGAAGCACAAAAAAUAAACGCUGGACGCUGCACACUUCAAGGCAAUUUAGAUCCUAGCGUUCUUUUUGGAGACACAGAUACGAUUACACAAAGAACAAAAAAAAUGAUUCAAGCUUUUGGUGGUGGAAAACAACAUUUAAUAUGUAAUCUCGGCCAUGGGAUGCUAUCAUCUCAUCAUCCAGACUCUUUAGAAACUUUUCUUAAGGCAUGUCAUUUUGAAAAAUAA